GAGGGAGGGACAAAAAACAAACAACCGAGAGAGAGAGAGAGAGAAAGAAAGAAAGUGAGAGAAAAUAUUUUCGAUAUCCAUUUUCUUUCUCUUCACUUUCUUCGAUUUCUUGCCUUUCUCAACGCUUCAUACACAAGCCUCUUUCAGAAUCUCAACAAUUAAUGCAUGUUCAUUAUUUUUCUCAUUCUUGCUAAGAAUUACGUAAAGAAACGAAAGAUAUCUUCACUGAAUCUUUUUAUCAAAAGGCUUUUAGUUAUUUUCUCAUGGUUAACAUUGGAUUUGAAUUAAUUUAUUGGUCAAAAAACGGUUUAGUUCAUUAUUUUUGAAUUUGGUAUUGGUUGAGGCCAAGUAAUGGCGACAGAGCCAGCUUUGCCAUUCUCAAUUGUAUCUGUUGUUGAAGAUGUUCUUCAAAAACACGGAAGCCGAUUAAGCGACAUAGAUUUAGCGUCAAGAAAGGCCGAAGAAGCUUCAUCAAGAAGGAAUGAAGCAGCUAGGUGGCUGCGAAACACAGUUGGAAAUGUUGGAGGAAAAGACAUGUUAGCUGAACCUUCUGAAGAAGAUUUUAGGAUUGCAUUGCGUAGUGGAAUUAUCCUUUGCAAUGCUCUCAACAAAAUUCAGCCCGGUGCUGUUCCUAAAGUAGUUGAAGCCCCCAGUGACAUUGAUAAUGUUCCUGAUCGAGCAGCUCUAUCUAUUUAUCAAUACUUUGAAAAUGUAAGAAAUUUUCUUGUAACUGUGGAGGAGAUGGGGCUUCCAACAUUUGAAGCUUCUGAUUUGGAACAGGGAGGGAAAUCUUCAAGGAUAGUGAAUUGUGUUUUAGCACUUAAAUCAUAUAGUGAAUGGAAACUGGGAGGCAAAAAUGGAUUGUGGAAAUAUGGUGGGAAUCCAAAACCACCUACCUUUGUGAAACCAAUUAUGAGAAAAAACUCAGGACCAUUCAUGAGGUCUUUGGCCAGAGCUGUGUCUUUAGGCGACAAAGAUAGUUUGCUGAGUGAUCAAUCCUCAAGCAAUGAUGCUGUACUGCAUGAUCGCAGUGAAGGGGGUUCUAUUCCUUCCUUGUAUUCACUAGUUCGUGAAAUUUUGCAUGAUAAGAAGCAAGAAGAAAUUCCCAUUAUAGUGGAAUCUCUGCUUAGCAAAGUCAUGGAGGAGUUUGAAAGUCGCGUGAUCAUAGUACAACAAGAAACGCCUAAAACACCUCGAGAAGAUAAGGCAUCAUCUAAAGCCGGGAAUUCAAAUUUAGAAGCUAUUAGUGAUGAAGAAGAGAGGGAAGAAAAUGAAGAUGUAGAUAUCAAACAGAAGCAAAAUCAUGAUGUGAAGUACAAUGGAGACGAGGAAUCAAGAAGCCGGAUUUUGAAGCAGCAAACCAUAAUUCAAAAGCAAAGUGAAAACAUCCAGGAAUUGAAAGUGAUUGUUCAUCAAACAAAAGAAGGAAUGCACUGUCUACAUAAGAAAUACAGGGAGGAUUUCAUCAAUCUAGGUAAGCAUCUGCGUAGCCUAGCUUCUUCUGCUUCAGGAUAUCAGAAAGUUCUAGAAGAAAACCGCAAGUUAUACAAUCAGAUGCAAGACUUGAAAGGAAAUAUUAGGGUGUACUGUAGAGUUCGCCCCUUAGUAGGACAACCAAACAAUCCCGGCAUUAUUCGUAAUGUAGAGGAAGAUAGUAUUUCACUCAUAAUGGCUUCUAAGAAUGGGAAAGAAGUGAAGAAGACAUUUACUUUUAACAAAGUGUUUGGUCCUUCUGCAACUCAAGGGGAGGUUUUCUCAGAUACCCAACCUCUGAUUCGUUCAGUUUUGGAUGGCUUCAAUGUUUGUAUAUUUGCCUAUGGCCAGACGGGAUCGGGAAAAACACACACUAUGUCUGGACCAAACAAUCUUACCGAGGAAACAGUCGGUGUCAACUACCGUGCACUGAGGGAUCUUUUCUAUCUCUCAGAACAAAGGAAAGAGACCAUUCACUAUGAUAUCUCUGUGCAGAUGCUUGAGAUAUACAAUGAGCAAGUUAGAGACCUACUAAUGACAGAGACUUCUAACAAAAGAUUAGAAAUUCGCAACAGUUCCCAUAAUAAUGGUAUUAACGUGCCAGACGCAAACCUUGUUCCUGUUUCAUCCACUGCUGAUGUCUUAAAUUUGAUGAAUUUGGGACAAAAGAAUCGGGCAGUUAGUGCUACUGCCAUGAAUGAUCGAAGUAGUCGUUCUCAUAGCUGCUUGACAGUUCAUGUUCAAGGAAGAGAGCUUACAUCAGGAAAUAGUCUUCGUGGAUGUAUCCACCUAGUUGAUUUGGCAGGAAGUGAGAGGGUUGAUAAAUCUGAGGUUAUAGGAGAUAGGCUAAAGGAGGCUCAACAUAUUAACAAGUCGCUUUCUGCUUUAGGAGAUGUAAUUGCUUCCCUGGCCCAAAAGCAAUCGCAUGUUCCCUAUAGAAACAGUAAACUUACUCAGUUGCUUCAGGACUCUCUUGGAGGCCAAGCUAAGACACUCAUGUUUGUUCAUAUUAGCCCGGAGCCUGAAGCUCUUGGAGAAUCAAUUAGUACACUGAAGUUUGCUGAAAGGGUCUCCACUAUCGAACUUGGUGCUGCACGAGUUAAUAAAGAUAGCGGUGAAGUCAAAGAGUUGAAGGAACAGAUUGCUAGUCUAAAGGCAACCUUAGCGAGGGUGAAGGAUGGAGAGUUGGAACACUUUAAACAGCCUGCAAAUAGCAUCACUGACUCGCCGAGGUCGAAAUCUCAAUUGUCGUCCAUUGUACCAGCUAACUGGACUUCUGGAAGUCGUAAGCUACCAAGAGACGAUUCUAGUGGCAUUGAGGGUUCUAAAAAGGCUGCACCCAAGCUGAAAAGGCGAAGCCUUGAUCCCGAAGAGAUAUAUACAAGUUUACCUACAUGGCCACAUCCUCGUGCUGGGGUAAACGGAAACGAUGAUGAUAAAGAAUCAGUUUCUGGGAAUUGGAAUAGUAGAAGCAUGAAUAGGGAUGAGAACCUAACAACUGAUGAGAGCGUCACGGGACAGUCAGAAGUAGAAAGCAAACAGUCGUAUUCUCCAUUGUUAAGUGUGGAGGUGGCCACCACAUUCACAAAUGACUCUGAUGAGCUUGAGUUAACAACUAGUGAAUGUUCAGAACCAGACAUGAAUUGGCAAUCCCAUUUACCGAAAACAACCGCCAUUUCCAAUGUAUUAGCGUCUAGACCAAAUAAAUCAACUCAUUAUAAACAAGCAAAGAACUUAGAAACCAGGAGUAUGAUCUCAUCGUCAACAAGGAAACAACCUAACUUAGUUAGUCAAUCAAGAAAGCAUUCAGGAUCAAUUGAUGCUAAAAGAAGAAGUGGAAAUGCCAAGUGAAAAAGCUGCUCCAAGGGACAAAGAUCCUAUUUUAUUGCCCCACUGCCUUGACAAUUUUUGUGUAUAUAUAAUUUAGCUGUAAAGAGAAAUGAGUGAGGUUUUAAAUAUUUUUUUUUUCAACAUUAGAGGGGUUGUAAAAUAGUUGCAUGUGUUUUCUGGUGUGAUCAUGAGAUGCCAUCCCAAAUCAAUCUGUUUAUAGGGAUUUGAUUGCUGUACAAAAAAGAAAAAGAAAAGGAAACAAAUCACCUAUAAUUCUCUCUAAAUGAAA